AUGUUUUACAAUAUUACUGUUUGUUCACUCGGCACUCCCGCCCCCUGCUCCUCCCCCUCGGAGAACGGACUCAGGCUCUGGCCUCUGGCGGACGGCGACAACUCCCCCGAUACCUGCUCGGAAACAGCAAAGGUCGCAGUCACACCGAGGCUUCAGCUGUGGCCGCACUGUGCACUUCCGUUUCCCAAGCGCCACCGCUUCGUGCAGCCACUGGGCGGACGCCCUCCGUCUGCGCUGCCCGAACUCUCCGGCACUGCGAGGCCACUCGGCGACGAGGACUCUCCGAAAGCAUUAGCUCUUCAGCAGCAGCCGCCUCUAGUCCAGUUUGCUGAUAACAGUGAUACAGAGACAGGCCCAGUAACAUUAUCAAGCUCCAGUCAUGAGCCCAAUACACCAGAAUGGGCAGUGUCAGAAACAGAGCCAGGACCCAGCUGUAUCAUGCAAGAGAUUCUCACUGUGAAAGACACAUCAGAGAAUUUUGCAUUGAAAGGAUCGGCUACACACUCAUCUACCUACUAUACCUACAACAAAGCUGCAAACGCCAAAGAUGGUGUAAGAUAUGGACCUGGUUUAGCAUCCUGCUCACUUACAUCAUAUCAAAUGAACUCUUGGUGGAGGCUGGAUAUUCUGAAUGAAUAUGAGAUCAGUACAGUGAUCAUCAGUAACAGGGGAGACAAUUCUCCUGGACAAACCAGUGGAGCAGAGAUUCGUAUUGGAAACUCACUGGAAAACAACGGAAACAACAAUCCCAUAUGUGCUGUAAUUCCUGAUCUUCCAGUAAAAUCUACUGUCAGUUUCUCAUGUAAUGGAAUGAAGGGACGUUAUGUGAAUGUGGUCAUGCCGGCAGUUAAGAAUCUCUGUCUGUGUGAGGUAGAGGUCUAUGGAACAGGUAAAUAUAAUUUGGCAUUGAAAGGAACGGCUACACAGUCAUCUACCAACUCCACAUAUGUAGCUGCAAAUGCCAUAGAUGAUCAAAGAUAUAGACUUGAUCUCGCCCCAUCCUGCUCACUUACAUCAUCUGAAAGUAACCCGUGGUGGAGGCUGGAUCUUCUGGGUUAUUAUAAGAUCACUACAGUGAUCAUCAGUAACAGAAGAGAUGCCGGCGCUGAUCAAACAAAUGGAGCAGAGAUUCGUAUUGGAGACUCACUGGAAAACAAUGGAAACAACAAUCCCAUAUGUGAUGUAUUUCCUAAUCUUAAAGUCGGCACAUCGAUUACUUUCUCUUGUAAUGGGAUGGUGGGACGUUAUGUGAAUGUUUUCAUGCCUGUUACAGUCCAGAGUCUCUCUCUGUGUGAGGUGGAGGUCUACGGAACAGUUUGUCGUAAAAAAGCCUUUCUGAGACUGAAGUUUUCCUCCAAUGGUGAUGUAGCUUCUGAAAGAGACAAAAUCCUCCAACAGCUCCAGUCUGCUCUGGGAUUGAACAUCUCUGAUUUUAAACUGUCCUGGACACAACUACCCAAGAAAGAAGAAGAACAGGAGGAGGACGGAGGUUCUUGUGAUAAAAAUCCUUAA